AUGUCUUUGAACGAGGUUUGGGAGGCAGCUUCUGCAAGCCCCUACACUCCCUUUAUCGGCAAAGAGAGCCAGUUCUCCAUUGGCUUUGGUCUACUGCUGUCCGCCUUCAUCUUGACCGGUCUUUUCGGAUUGAAUCGCUCGUUUCUGAGCAUUGCAUCAUUCGGUAUCCCGGCAUCAUUGGCAUUUGGCUUCGGAGCCGUGUACAUGAUCUGUGCCGUUGGGGUCUACUUUUUUUAUUGUACAGACUUAUCAUCCAGGGCCAUGGCGGCCGUGGAACCUAUAUUCUCCGCUGUUUCCAGCAAUACUCAACACCUCUAUACCUUGCUUCAAUGCAUCGGGUUCGCGCCGAAAGCCACCGUGCAAAUAACCCCGGAUGGAAUUCGAUUCUCGGUACAAGACACGCGCGUGGUCCAAGGACUUGCUUUUCUCGACAAAGCUCUCUUCACCAGCUAUACAUUCAACCAAUCCACCGUGGCUGGCAAUCGAGACGAGACUGGGGAAGAUGACGAUGAAUCCUCAGACACCACCCCCUACCCGUGCUUCGUUGUUUCGCUGUCCGCCCUGCUUGAAACUCUGAAAAUAUUCGGCGCCAAUGACAUGACCACCCCGGGAACGAAUCGGGCAGCCAGCGUCGCGCCGCCGAAUCCUUCUGCGUCGAGUGCCUUCACAGCCCCUGCUUUGCUACUGGAUCGUUCGUGUACUUUUCAGUACUUCCGAGACGGCUCUCCUCUUAGCAUCACUUUGUCCGAGACCGGAGUCAAGACCACGUGCGAGCUGACAACCUACGAACUUGACGGCAGCGAGGUUGACAUUCCUCUUCAAAGAGAAGCUAUUAUCAUGAAGAUCAUCAUGCGCUCAGCUUGGCUACACAACGCAGUCACCGAACUUGGCGCCACCGAUCCACGGGUACUGAGAAUCUCCGCCUCCGCCAAAGAGGAACCAUUUUUCUCCCUUUCUGGCCACGGCGGUCCGUUCAGCGAAUCGUCGGUGGAAUUCUCCAUUGAGCAGCAGGACCAGAAUACCGGCACACCACACGAGUCCCAUCACAAGGUUCUCGCCGAUGACGGUACUUCUCGGGCGCGUGCAACGAGAGCUAAGCUUGCUCCUACCGUCACCGAGACCUUUCUCGUCAGCCCGCCAUCGUCGAUGGGCUCUCGCAUCAAGCAAGAUUACCGGUUUCCUCUCAUCCAGAAGGCUUCUCGUGCGAUGGCCGCCGCCAACAAAGUCAGCAUCCGGGGGGAUCGACAAGGGGUUCUCAGUCUACAGUUCAUGAUCGAAUUCGACUUGAAUGAAUCGGGCCAGGCAAGAAGCGCGGCGAAACCCCCUGUGAGUUUCGUGGAUUUCCGAUUUGUGCCGUUGUUGGAUGAGGAGGCAGGGGAGGAUGAAGAUGGCGAGGAUACGUUGGAGUGA